CUGCUCAGUACACGUAGGCUAUCCUUUGGCUGGCUCGAGGACCGCAUCACUAUCCAAAUAACAACUUCACUGAAUGGAUGCCAUGUGUGUUUUAUUGGGGAAUUUUUCAUCACAUCGUGAAUGAAGUAUGUGACGGUGAAGGAGCAGUAUGGAGUGCUCGUGGAAGACUCUGUUGCUGCUGGUCUGUACAUCUCUGGGGGUGCAAUACACAGCCAUACGCUCCCUCCGUGACUCCUUCAGUGGUCCAUGCCAAGACUUCACCCGCUGCCAAGAACGCCAGAGUAAAGAGCAGAGAUGGAAAUCUCUCUGCGAUGACAGCCACGUACCUGCUGAGUCCAGCGCUGCUACUGCCCGGAAACACAUCAUUCUAUUUGCACAAACACGCAGCGGCUCUUCCUUUACCGGACAGCUUUUCAAUCAGCAUCCAGGCAUAUUUUAUGUCUUUGAGCCUCUCUAUCACGUCCAGCAGGCCUUCACCAAUUCUAGUAGUCGGCUGCAAAGGGCUUUGGAUGGUAAAGCUCUUUUGGGGGCCUACAGAGAUCUUCUACUUAAUCUCUACAACUGUGAUUUCAGCUUCUUAGAAAGUUACAUUCGCCCGGAACCGCAAGAUCACAUGACCGGGGCAUUUUUUCGCCGCAGCUCAAGCCACGCUUUGUGCACUCCACCCGUCUGCCCGGGAGGUGGCGAGGGGAUUCUGGAAGGCCAGCCAGAUGAAGGCUGGUGUCCCAAAAAGUGCCAAGCCCUGAAUCUCUCUUUGGCCUCUCAGGCUUGCCAAGCACGGAGCCAUGUGGCUAUAAAGACAGUCCGCAUCCCGGAGGUGGAAGAUCUGCGUACGCUGUCAGAGGACCCCCGUUUAGACUUAAGAAUCGUUCACUUGGUGAGAGACCCCCGAGCUAUCCUUGCCUCACGCAUGACUGCCUUUGGAGGUAAAUUUAGGGCCUGGAAAGUCUGGAACGCUACUGGUCGCCAACCACGAUAUGUGGAUCUGACACAAAUUACUAGAACGUGCAGAGAUAUCGAGUAUUCUGUGGAGACCGCUUUGCAGAAACCUACGUGGCUGAGGGGACGAUAUCUAUUGGUGCGCUAUGAAGAUUUAGCCCAUAACCCCGAAGAAAAAGGCAAAGAGAUAUACAGGUUUCUAGGGAUGGAUUUGCAUCAUCAAGUCCUCACAUGGAUUUCUCAAAACACCAAUGGUACUGCCCCAUCCUCUUCUGAAUGGAACUACAAAUAUUCCACCACAAGAGACUCUAAAGCCGCCGCUCAGAGUUGGAGAUUGCAUUUAAACUUUGACAUUGUUAAAACAGUGCAAUCUUUAUGUAACAGAACGCUUUCUCUGCUCGGCUAUAAGCUUGUCCAGUCUGUAGAUGAACUGAAGGAUAUAACAAAGACUUUAACAUAGUAAAGGAAGGAGAGCAUUCAUUUUUAUUUUUUUUACCAUUUUAUGACCUUCAUGACUGGGCCCUGUUUGGCCAUCCACAGGCCCGGAAUAAAACCCCUCCCGUUUUGUUGCAUUACAGAUCCCGUUAUGGUAAAUGCUUUGCUAAUAAUUAGUGCAUAGGUACAAUGCUUGGUAACCUUUUCUCAACACCUCUUCAUGUGAAGUAAUUUAUAUUCAUGAGCCAAUACAUUCGCACUGCAGGAUUCAAAUGUUUUCACACAGAGCCCUAUGCCAAUGAUUUUCAGACCAAACAUGCAUUCAGGUGACCAAAGAAGAACUAUUAACAAAAGCACAGCAUACCUGCCAAACAACAAAAGCUUGAAUAAAAAAGGAUGCAUGGUG